AUGCAGGCGCAGGUCGUGCACCGCCUGCUCUCCCGCGACGCCGCCGCGGCAGCGCGGUUCCCGCUGCUCGCGCACCAGGCGCAGCUAGUGGAGGCGUUCCGGCCCCAGAUCGCGCAGCGCGCCCGCGAACGCCUGGCCGACCGCCGCCUCCCUGUCUCGGCCCACGCCGACGCACUCGCGGCUGCAGCCGCGAUCGACGCGCCGUCGCUCACCCCGUCCCAGGCGCUCCUCCUCCUCCUCUCCUCUCGCCGCGCCUGGAUCUCCCAAGCUCUGACCGUACUAGCCUCAGAUCCGUCCUCCUACACCUCCGUGCUCUGCGAUGUUGCUGGGAUCGUUCGGGUCACUCUAGGCCACGUCGGGCAGCUAUUUGUGCCUGCGCUCACUGACUUGCCGAUGUUCUACAAGACAGUGCUCGAGUCGCCGCCCCCUGCACAGCUGUUUGGUGGCAUUCCAGACCCCGAUGAGGAGGCACGGUUGUGGAGAGAACACUGGGAUCAGCUUGAGGCUACAAUGGUGCUACUUGAGCCGGAUACCGUGGCACGAACCUGUACAGAUUGGCUUAAGGGAUGUUGUGAUGAGAUGUUUGGUGUGAUUGCUGGGUCGCAAAGGCUAGUUGAUGCCAUCGGGAGUGGGGAGGGACUUGGCUCGGCGCAAAGGCUCAUUCGUGAGAAACUAGAUGACAGAGCAGGACUGGAAGGGAGUUUGGAGCAGUGGCUGAAGAGUGUGUUUGGAUCAGAGAUUGAAUCCCCAUGGGAUCAAAUCCGUGGGUUAAUCCUGAAAGAAGGGAAGGAUAUUUUUGAGGACUGGAUGGAGGAAGCAUUUGUGCAACGGAUGAAGGACAUUGUGCAUUCAGAGUUUGAUAGCUUGGCUGGUAGUGUUAAUGUGAUGGAAUCGAUUCAGGCUAUUGGUGCGAAUGCUGGUCCUAAGGAUGCUGCUGAUUUCCUGGUGCAUGUGCAAAAAGCUUCGACUGGGGGCAGCGUAUGGUUCUCAGAAUCUAAGAUCAAGAAAGGUGGAAUUUUGGCACAUUUGAAACCAAUUGCUGACGAGAACGACUUCCACAGCUGCCUAGCCUCGUAUUUCGGGCCGGAAGUUAGUCGCAUCAAGAAUGCAAUUGACGGCAAAUGCAAGAGUAUUCUUGAGGACCUUUUAAGCUUUGUUGAGUCACACAAUUCAGUUCAGAGAUUGAAGGAGUUGGUGCCAUACAUCCAGGAGAAAUGCUAUAAGACCAUCUUGGGAGUACUGAACAAAUUAGAAGCCGAACUUGGAAACCUUUCUGAUGCAUUGGGAACGAAAAAGGGGGAUGACAACGUGCCUGCUGCAUCUGUUAUUGUGGAGCGGUCUCUCUUCAUUGGCCGCCUCUUGUUUGCAUUGAGAUAUCAUUCAAGUCAUGUACCCCUGAUACUAAGCUCCCCAAGGCAGUGGGUAAAGGAUUCUGGUGGUGCAGCAUUUGCCAGGUUAUCAUCGCCCACGCCAAGACAUUCAAGAGCAUCUUUUGAGUCGUCAUCACCUUUUACCCCCAGAAGACAAUUUGACAGCCCUAGGAGUCCUGGAAGGCAAUUUUCUGAAAGCCCCAGAAGACAAUCUAUUGCUGCUGCUGCUGCUUCCUUGUUUGGUGCUGAUGAUAGCUCCAAUCCCAGACUUGAUGAACUCAAUAAGACCCUAAAGGCACUGUGCAUUACGGCUCACAUUUUGUGGAUAACAUGGGUGUCUGCCGAAUUAUCAGACCUUCUUUCAUAUGCUCUAAAUAGAGAUGAUUCAUUAUCCUCAUCAACUCCUUUAAGGGGAUGGGAAGUUACAGUCAUCAAACAAGAGGAACCUACCGAUGGUCCCUUGGAGAUGCAAAUAGCUCUUCCAUCAAUGCCUUCACUGUACAUUAUAUCCUUUCUUUACCAAGCAUGUCUGGAGAUUCAUAAAAUUGGAGGGCACAUCCUGGAAAGAAUUAUAUUGCAUAAAUUUGCCUGGGAUUUACUACAGAAGGUUUCAGAAAAAGGAGUUCUGCAAAUACUGCUAGAUCUUCGUUUCAUUGGUGAUAUCCUAUCCGGAGGCAAAAACUCUUCGGCCAAUCCUUCUGAAACAAAGAUAAAACAGGACAAUGCUAAGACUACCUUCAGGAGAAAACAAUCACAAUUCCAGGCAGAUUCAGCUACCAUAGAGCCUAUAAACAAGCUGAUCAAUAAAUUCUCGCAGAGAUUGGAUCCAAUAGAUUGGGCUACGUAUGAAUCUUACUUAUGGGAGAAUGAGAAGCAAUCUUACAAGCGCUGCGUUGUUCUUUUUGGUUUCUUGGUUCAACUGAAUCACAUGUAUACUGGUGCGGCACAGAAGUUACCAACAAAAACAAAUACAGAUUCAAAUAUUAUGAGGUGCUCCCAGGUUCCAAGAUUCAAGUACCUACCAAUCAGUGCCCCAGCUCUAGCAUCAAGAACACCCAAGUCAUCACUACAGUCGCCAUCUGAUGAUUCAACAUCUAGGAACCCUUGGAAAUCAUCAUAUUCAAAUGGGGAAAGAUCUACCAUAUCAGAAUAUGAUAAUAAUGCAAGUCUUGGAAGUGCAGCUCCAUUGCUCAAGUCCUUUGUUACGCAGGUUGGGAGCAAAUUUGGGGAGAACACAUCUAGAUGGGGUUCCAUGCUCUCUGAUGGCCAGGUAGGGCUGAGCGACAUUCUUCCUGGACCAGCAGCUGGGUUCUUCUCAUCUUUCACAUCUGGGGCCCGAUAUGAUUCAUAG